GGUGGCACCUAUGGAAGGCCUGUAAUCUGCCAGCAACCUAUGACAAAAUGGAAAACCGCAGGAGUGUGAGGAGACCUCAAAGUGGCACAUGGCAGAGUGGGAGCAAUGGGAGGCGGUACAGGGACCCAGGUCACACUGUGGGCCCAGCAGCAGCGUGACCAGGAGGUACGGGGGCCCAUGGCCGAUAUGGGGCCUGGCGGCACCUAUGGAAGGCCUGUAAUCUGCCAGCAACCUAUGACAAAAUGGACAACCGCAGGAGUGUGAGGAGAUUUCAAAGUGGCACAUGGCAGAGUGGAAGCAAUGGGAGGCCGUACAGGGACCCAGGUCACACUGUGGGCUCAGCA